UAAUGGUGCUUUGGAAAUGUCUUCUCGUUUCUUUUUUGCAAUCUCUCAGGCGAUUUCUUGCUCUCUCUCUCUCUCUCAUCGACCAGUACUUUUUUUUUUUUAAUUUCCUUUUUGUUUUCCUUCUUUGACUCUCUGUACUUUUAUUUUACAACGAAUUCUCCUCCGUUUCUCUCUCUCUCUCGCUCCCUCGCUUUUCCUCUCCUCCGUCCGGUUCUUCUGUCGUCCCCGACACCGCGACGUCCGGUUCGGACUUGUUUAUCUUGCACGGCUUCGCUUCCGCCCUUGCUGAGCUGCUUCCAUUCGCCGGGAAACCUCUAUUCGUGAGCUUAGAGACGUCGUAUUUUGCUUUUGCUCUCUUAGUUAAUAGUGGCGAUCACUAGCUUUGACUUGGGAAUUUUUUGGCUCCUGAAGAAACUUGUAGAUCUGUGCGAGAGGUGGAGGGGGUUUUGAUGUGAGGAGUUAGUAGAUGGUAUAUGAUGAACGGAGCUCCGGUGAGCGAUCGGAGAGGGAGGUGGCGUUUUGGUAAAUAUCCUCACAUGGAAUGGCAGAUCUUGUUAGCUAUGGUAAUGCCGAACGUGACAUCGAGCAGGCAUUAAUUGCUUUGAAGAAGGGUGCUCAACUUCUGAAAUAUGGUCGUAAAGGAAAGCCUAAGUUUUGUCCAUUUAGACUUUCUAAUGAUGAAACAACUUUGAUCUGGAUUUCAAGUAGUGGUGAAAGAAGUUUGAAGUUAGCUUCUGUCUCUAAGAUUAUUCCUGGACAAAGAACUGCUGUUUUCCAACGUUAUCUCCGUCCUGAAAAGGACUAUCUGUCUUUCUCUCUUAUAUACAAUAACGGAAAGCGGUCCCUUGAUCUGAUUUGCAAGGACAAAGUUGAGGCAGAGGUGUGGAUUGCAGGAUUAAAAGCAUUAAUAUCUUCUGGUCAAGGUGGACGCUCCAAAAUUGAUGGAUGGAGUGAUGGAGGCCUCUACCUUGAUGAAAGUAGAGACUUGACGUCAAAUAGUGCAAGUGACAGUUCCAUUAGUGUUACACGAGAUAUUAGUUCUCCAGAUAUUUCUGUCAGUUUUAAUCCAAGUACUUCUCCAAGGAGUUUUCGGCCUGAGAAUUCUCCAAAUUCUGAUCGGUCACAUGUAGCAUCAGACAACACAAAUAUGCAAGUUAAAGGAUCUGGUUCAGAUGCUUUUCGGGUUAGUGUUUCCAGUGCCCCAAGCACUUCCAGUCAUGGUUCUGCACCAGAUGAUUGUGAUGCUUUAGGUGAUGUAUACAUAUGGGGUGAGGUCAUAUGUGAUAAUACUGUAAAGGUGGGGACUGAUAAGAAUGCUAAUUAUUUGAGCACUAGAGCAGAUGUGCUUCUCCCUAGACCAUUAGAGUCUAAUGUAGUUUUAGAUGUGCAUCAUAUAGCCUGUGGGGUAAGGCAUGCAGCAUUGGUCACAAGGCAAGGCGAAGUUUUUACAUGGGGUGAAGAAUCUGGUGGACGGCUUGGCCAUGGUGUAGGCAAGGAUGUUAUUCAACCUCGUCUGAUUGAAUCUUUGGCAGUUUCUACUGUAGAUUUCGUAGCAUGUGGAGAAUUUCAUAGUUGUGCUGUUACAAUGGCUGGAGAACUCUAUACAUGGGGAGAUGGCACGCAUAAUGCUGGGCUUCUUGGUCAUGGCACUGAUGUCAGUCACUGGAUACCUAAGAGAAUCUCAGGUCCACUUGAGGGACUUCAGGUUGCUUCAGUAACUUGCGGUCCAUGGCAUACAGCCUUGGUAACAUCAACAGGGCAGCUUUUUACAUUUGGUGAUGGAACAUUUGGUGUUUUGGGCCAUGGUGACCGAGAAAAUGUUGCAUAUCCUAGAGAAGUAGAAUCUCUUUCAGGGUUGAGGACUAUUGCUGUUGCAUGUGGGGUGUGGCAUACUGCUGCUGUAGUGGAGGUUAUUGUUACACAAUCUAGUGCUAGUGUUUCAUCUGGGAAAUUGUUUACUUGGGGUGAUGGAGACAAAAAUCGACUUGGACAUGGAGACAAGGAACCUCGGCUUAAACCUACAUGUGUGCCAGCAUUAAUUGAUUACAAUUUUCACAAAAUUGCCUGUGGGCAUAGUUUAACUGUUGGCUUGACCACAUUAGGACAUGUCUUUGCAAUGGGGAGUACUGUUUAUGGUCAACUUGGGAAUCCUUAUGCUGAUGGGAAGCUACCUUGCUUGGUAGAGGAUAAGCUUUCUGGAGAAUCCGUUGAAGAAAUUGCCUGUGGUGCAUAUCAUGUUGCGGUUUUAACAUCGAGGAAUGAAGUUUACACAUGGGGAAAGGGUGCCAACGGGAGGUUAGGCCAUGCAGAUGUUGAAGAUCGUAAAACACCAACUCCAGUUGAAGCUUUGAAGGACAGACAUGUGAAGUAUAUUGCUUGUGGGGCAAAUUACACUGCUGCUAUAUGUCUUCAUAAAUGGGUAUCUGGUGCUGAGCAGUCACAGUGCUCAUCAUGUAGACAAGCUUUUGGGUUCACGAGAAAGAGGCAUAACUGCUAUAAUUGUGGACUUGUGCACUGCCAUUCAUGCAGUUCCAGAAAGGCAACAAGAGCAGCCUUAGCUCCUAAUCCUGGCAAACCAUAUCGUGUCUGUGAUUCUUGUUUUGUGAAAUUAAACAAGGUAUCAGAGGCUAGUAAUCAUAAUAGGAGAAAUUCUGUCCCUCGUCUUUCAGGUGAAAACAAAGAUAGGUUGGACAAGGCUGAAAUAAGGCUUUCAAAGUCUGCAUUGCCUUCAAAUAUGGAUUUAAUUAAGCAGUUAGAUAGCAAAGCAGCCAAACAAGGAAAGAAAGCUGAUACGUUCUCCCUUGUUCGCUCCUCUCAAGCACCCUCUUUGUUACAGCUAAAAGAUGUUGUAUUGUCCAGUGCUGUUGAUCUGCGAGCAAAAGUUCCAAAACCUGUUCUUACACCAUCAGGAGUAAGUUCCAGGUCUGUGUCACCUUUCUCAAGGAGACCUAGCCCCCCGCGUUCUGCUACGCCUGUUCCAACAACAUCAGGACUGUCAUUUUCAAAAAGUAUAACGGAUAGUUUGAAGAAGACAAAUGAGCUUUUGAAUCAAGAAGUGCUUAAGUUGCGUGCACAGGUUGAGAGCCUAAGACAAAGAUGUGAGUUCCAAGAAUUAGAGCUUCAGAAAUCAGCAAAGAAGGUACAAGAUGCAAUGGCAUUAGCUGCAGAAGAAUCUUCCAAAUCUAAAGCUGCAAAAGAUGUUAUAAAGUUGCUUACUGCACAGCUGAAGGAUAUGGCUGAGAGGCUGCCACCUGGCGUAUAUGAUGCUGAGAACAUGAGGCCGGCUUACCUAACAAAUGGUUUGGAGCCAAAUGGUAUUCAUUAUGCUGAUGCAAAUGGAGAGAGGCAUUCGAGAUCUGAUUCCAUCAGUGGAACUUCCUUGGCCUUCCCCACUGGAAUUGACUCUACUUUGUCAAAUGGAGCCCAGGGUCUAGCUCCUUCAUUCCGGGAUCCAAUUCCAACCAAUGGAAAGGAUAACCCUCCAGAUGCAAGACUUCCCAAUGGUGGUGGAAAUGUUCAGUCAAUUAGUAUUGUGUCAGAGUCUGUUGAUGGGAAGGAAUCUAGAUCUCUUCAUGAUGGUGAGAAUGGUGUGACAUUAAGGGAUUCAGCAUUAGUUGCCAGCAGUAAUCAAGUUGAGGCCGAGUGGAUUGAACAGUAUGAGCCUGGUGUGUAUAUAACACUAGUGGCCCUGCGUGAUGGAACUAGAGAUCUUAAACGAGUGCGCUUCAGCCGGAGAAGAUUUGGCGAGCACCAAGCAGAAACUUGGUGGUCUGAGAAUCGUGAAAAGGUGUAUGAAAAGUACAAUGUUCGUGGAUCGGACAAAUCAUCAGUUUCCAGCCAGGCUGCUCGCCGAUCUGAGGGAGCCAUGUCAUCCUCUUCCCAAUCUUAGCAACAAAGGGAGGGUGGAAAGUUCUUUAUCAACACAUUUUGCAACUUCGACAACUGGGUAUUCAAGGUUAAGAUGAAGCUAAACCAUCAUCUGUUUUUUUUUUUUUUUUGUCCUCAUCUUUUUUUGAUGUUCUCUCCUCCUUCCCGCCAUAAUUUAUUUUCUUUCUUCCAUUUAAUUUCUUGGGUAUCUGCCCUUUAGAAAUCUGUUGUAUUGUAGUGUAUAUAAAAGCAUUAAUUGUGAGAUAAUUCGAGCAAGAAAAGGUUUUGUUCUUUGGUCCCCUCCCCUCUCCCCUCUUACAUGUUCUCGGUUUAGUGCAACCGGGGAUAGGAUAGAAUUUUCCCCAUGGGGUUUGGCAAUUCUGAUGAGGCUUUGUCGUUUCUAAUUUUUCAUUUGUCUCAUUUAGCUAUCCAUCAUUCUCCAAGUAUUUCUGCUGCACAAAUUGUAUGAAGCUAGCCAUUUAAGGUUAGUAAUUUAUUAAAAUUCAUCAUCCUCUCUCGCUCGCCUUUCCUGGAAUCGAAAUCUUGGUUACGUUAUCAUUC